AUCUACUGUAAUGAUCUUGUCCUAGUCACACCUAUUAUAUAAACAAGGAUUUCAAAAUUCAACAGUUGAGAGCACAUUACAGAUUCUCUGUCAUUCUUGGUAGACAUAAGAUUGUAAAGAUCCACAUAACUGAUCCUGCCACCAAGAGCUUGGAAAUGAAGGACCCGAUGUCUUUGGUUGGCACUUACUACAGUGGGAAGUCAGUCCUUGUUACAGGAGCCACUGGGUUUAUGGGCAAAGUCCUGGUUGAGAAGCUUCUCCGGUCUUGCAACGAUGUGAAAACCAUCUACAUUUGUGUGCGGCCCAAAGGGGAACAUUCCAUGCAAACCCGAGUGGAGAAUCUGCUGAAAUGCAAGGUGUUCGAUAGAGUCCGGGAAGAAUGUUCUAAUUUCCAUGAGAAGAUUAAGCCCAUCAGUGCUGAGUUCACCAAGCCAAACCUGGCCAUCGCUCCUGAAGAUCAGGAGGAGCUGCUUUCUGAGGUCAACGUGAUCUUCCAUUGUGCUGCAACAAUUCGAUUUGUUGAGCCUCUGAAAGAUGUCCUUCUCCUGAAUGUCAUGGGGACCCAGCAACUCCUGAGGCUGGCCCACCAGAUGAAAAACCUCGAAGCCCUCGUCCACAUUUCAACGGCCUAUUCAAACUGCAAUCGGAGGCACAUAGAGGAAGUCUGCUAUCCGGUUCCCGUGGAACCAAAGAAGCUUUUGGACCUGGUGACGUGUAUGGAUGAGUCCCUCAUUGAAGCGAUCACCCCCAAUUUGAUUGAAGGCUGGCCCAAUACCUACACCUUCUCCAAAGCUCUGACUGAAUAUCUGAUCCAACAAGAGAAAGGAGAUCUAAACGUUGCCAUCGUUCGACCCUCCAUCGUGGGAGCUAGUUGGCAGGAGCCCUUCCCAGGUUGGAUCGACAACUUCAACAAUGUAAAUGGCUUCCUGGUUGCGGCUGGUAAAGGGGUUAUACGGAGCCUAAAAUGCAAUCCAGCUGCAGUAGCUAAUAUUAUCCCAGUAGAUCUUGCUGUCAACUUAACCAUCACCGCUGGCUGGUACACUGCAGUCCACAGACCGAAAUCGCUACUGAUUUACAACUAUACCUCAAGUGGCAUCAACCCAUUGUAUUGGAGAUGUAUAGAAGCAAGUGCGAGAAGGAUAUAUGUUAAAAAUCCACUGGAGAAACCCUUUAGACUACCAGAAGCCACCAUGACCUCGAGCUAUUUGGUCCAUAAGUACCGGUCGUUUGUCUAUCACACCACACCUGCUUUUCUCUAUGACCUGUAUCUGCAGCUGAUCGGAAAGAAGCCAUGGGUGUUGAAGCGUUUAAUUCGCAUGGAAAAAGCCAUGAGUCUUGUUGACUAUUUUACCAGACAUUCCUGGGAAUGGAGCUCUGGACAUACAGACAUGUUGAUGAAAGAGCUCGAUCCAAAAGACAAAAAUUUAUUCUCCUUUGACGUUUGUCAAGUGACUUGGUCAGAAUACCUAGACAAUUACUGCUUAGGAAUUAAGAAGUAUCUGCUGAAGGAAGACAUGGCUGGAGUUCCUGCAGCCAGACAGCAUAUCAGAAAGCUAAAGAUCAUUCACUUCACAUUGAACGCCACUCUGCUUGUGAUCACCUGUUAUAUAUGCAGUAUAACAUGGCCCAUAAUGUAUGAUAUUUUAUAUUAAUCCAUUGCAACAUGUUUCUUAGCGACAUUAGAGCUUCCAGCACCCUUAGACCUUGACUGUGCCUUUAUGGGGAUUGUUCACCAUCUCCUAGAAUAACCUUCACGUCCUCAAAUCGACGCCUGGUAUCUGUCUGCUUCAACCAUAACAAGAUAACUUUCAACUGCUGCAGCAUUCAGCAGAUAUCACAAGAGGCUUACUCUAAUUCCUAUCACUACUAAUAUUACUACUAAUAUUAAAGUACUGUUGCAAUGAG